AACCCUCAGCAGUUAUAGUCUCUAUUCAUUUGCCCGUUUCUUGUCCACCAACUAGAUUCCUGUGAUCAUGUAGAGUGUUAUCCACAUCCUCCAAUUGGAGCUUAAGCCUACGCUUGGGCAUUAAAUUCCCAUUUAUUUUUUCAUUAUGACUGUUGCACAUUUGAAGAAUUUAAAAAAAACCUGAUAUUUUCCUUUUGGGCUGUGGCCAUUUUGAUCGCUUCUUCACUUGCCUAAGCGCAUUAGAUUCUUAGUUGCUUUCAUAACAGUGCAUAUGGGCUUUUUUCCCCCUAUGAAGGAUUGAGGACCUCCGCUGUUGAUUUCUGGAGUUUUCUGAUUUGGGUUCUCCUCUCAUUCUGUAGCUUCCCUUGAGCUUGGAAUUUCCUCAGCAUGACUCCAAGCACUAGCUAAAAUCCUCAUGAGCAUGAGAUGCUCAGUUGUCUUCAUAAAAGCGUCAUCUGGGUUCCCUUUAAUUGUUUUCUCUUCUCUCUAUGUGAAAGCUUGAAAGGUUGAACCUUUUCUCAUUUGGGGUUUGAAAAUUUAGAACCCGUGUCACUGUGACCAUUCAAAUUCUCACCAUUAGAAAUGGGUCCUGCUUCAGUUUGGCUGUCAUCGGUUUUGUGCUUCUUUGUUAUUCUUGGUGAGGGUUUGACUGCGAGCCAAAAUGGCACGAUUGCCCCCUCAAAGACUAGCGAUAUAAAUGUAGGGGCUCUCUUCACAUUCAAUUCAACAAUUGGAAGAGUGGCAAGGGUGGCAAUCGAGCUCGCAGUUGAGGAUGUGAAUGCAAAUCCCAGCAUUCUUGGUGGAACAAGGCUGAAUGUAAUUGCGCAAGAUACCAAUUGCAGUGGAUUUGUUGGGACAGUUGAAGCCUUGCAGUUGAUGGUAAAUGAUGUAGUCGCCAUAAUAGGUCCACAAUCCUCAGGAAUUGCUCAUGUCAUCUCUCACGUUGUGGAUGAACUCCACAUUCCACUUCUCUCCUUUGCAGCAACAGACCCUGUCCUCUCUUCCUUACAAUAUCCUUAUUUUGUUCGUACAACUCAAAAUGAUAUGUUUCAGAUGAAUGCUGUUGCUGCUCUGGUUGAACAUAAUGAAUGGAAGAAGGUUAUUGCCAUCUAUGUAGAUGAUGAUUAUGGCAGAGGAGGGAUAUCAGCAUUAGGCGAUGCUCUUGCAACGAGACGCUCUACAAUCUCGUUCAAAGCUGCGUUUCCUCCUAAUGCUGACAAGAACACAAUUAAUGACCUGCUAGUACAAGUAAACUUGAUGGAGUCUCGGGUUUAUGUUGUUCAUGUGAACCCUGACUCAGGUCUCAUGGUCUUUUCCGUUGCAAAGCAUCUUGGGAUGUUGGCUGGUGGCUAUGUUUGGAUUGCUACAGAUUGGCUUCCUUCGAUCUUGGAUUCUUCUGAGCCCACUGAUACUGAUACGAUGAACCUCAUUCAAGGUGUUGUUACACUACGUCAUCAUACCCCUGAUUCUGAUGUUAAAAAGAAAUUUAUAUCAAGAUGGAGUAACUUGUUUCGUAAAGGGAAUACCAGUUCAAAUUUGAACACUUAUGGGUUGUAUGCAUAUGAUUCAGUUUGGUUAAUUGCACAUGCAAUCGACCAGUUUCUUAGGGAAGGAUAUAAUGUUUCUUUCACCAGUGAUCCAAGGUUGCGGGAUUCAAAUGGCAGUUCGUUGCAUUUGGAUGCACUUCGGUCCUUUGCAGGAGGCAGCAAGUUACUUGAGAAAGUCUUGCUUACAAACUUUACAGGCCUAACGGGUCAAGUUCAGUUUAGUCCGGAUGGUAACUUGAUUCAUCCUGCUUAUGAUAUUCUCAACAUUGGUGGAACUGGUUGUAGGAGGAUAGGGUUUUGGUCCAAUUAUUCGGGGCUCUCAAUUGUUGCCCCGGAAAUACUGUAUGGAAAACCCCCAAAUACUUCUAGCAGUAGCCAACAACUCUACAGUGCUAUUUGGCCUGGAGAAACUAUUAUGAAGCCUCGUGGCUGGGUUUUCCCAAACAAUGGGAAGGCUUUAAGGAUUGGAGUCCCUAACCGAGCGAGUUAUAAGGAAUUUGUUGCAAAAGAUAGUAGCCCUGAUGGUGUUAAAGGCUACUGCAUCGAUGUGUUUAAGUCUGCAGUUAGCUUGUUGCCAUAUCCAGUUCCAUACACAUUCAUUCUAUUUGGAAAUGGGUCUAAAAAUCCCAGUUAUGGUGAACUUGUGCAAAAGGUCGCUGACAAUUACUUUGAUGCAGCUGUAGGGGACAUUUCGAUAGUAACAACCCGCACAAGGAUUGCAGAUUUUACGCAGCCCUUCAGUGAGUCAGGGCUUAUUAUAGUUGCUCAAGUGAAAGAGAUGAACUCAAAUCCUUGGGCUUUCCUAAAACCAUUUACACUAGAGAUGUGGUGCGUUAUAGGGGCUUUCUUUCUUUUUGUUGGAGCAGUAGUUUGGAUUCUUGAACAUCGGAUGAAUACUGAGUUCCGAGGUACUCCACGCCAACAGAUGGUAACAAUUUGCUGGUUUAGCUUCUCAACCAUGUUCUUUGCACACCGAGAGAAUACAGUGAGCACGCUUGGACGACUUGUACUAAUUAUAUGGCUCUUUGUCGUACUAAUCAUCAAUUCAAGCUACACUGCAAGCCUGACAUCAAUUCUUACAGUUCAACAACUUUCAUCGCGGGUUGAAGGACUUGAAAGUUUAAUCUCGAGUAGGGAUCCAAUUGGGUACCAGGUUGGAUCAUUUGCUAAGAACUAUAUGGUGGAAGAGCUCAACAUUGCAGAAUCAAGGUUGGUAGCCUUAAGCCAACCUGAAGAUUAUGCGAAUGCUCUUGAGCGUGGACCAAAGAAUGGAGGGGUUGCUGCAGUGGUAGAUGAGCUUCCUUAUAUCGAGAUCUUCUUGUCUAGGUUCUGUAAUUUCAAGACAGUGGGUCAGGAAUUCACGAAGAGCGGAUGGGGAUUUGCUUUUCCAAGGGACUCUCCUCUUGCAGUGGACUUAUCAACAGCGAUCCUAACCUUAUCAGAGAGCGGCGACCUCCAAAGAAUCCAUGACAAAUGGCUAACCCGAAGUGGUUGCUCAUCAAAAGACACGACUAUCGAUGCAAACAGGCUAACCCUAGGGAGCUUCUGGGGUCUCUUCCUUAUCUGUGGCCUUGCAUGUUUCAUUGCCCUUGUUGUGUUCUUCAUGAGGAUUUUCUGUCAGUACUACAGAUACAGUAAUAGUACAGAUGAGUCUGCGCCAUCGAGUCAUUCUCGGGCUCAAACGACUGAUAAGCGCCCUUCGAGGUUAAGUAGUUUCAAGGAUUUGUUAAGUUUUGUCGAUAAGAGAGAAGAGGAGGUUAAGGUUGCUAUCAAAAGAAAGCUUAGUGAUAAGCAGACUCAAUCGAGUCAGCGUGAAGAUGAGUUGCCAUAGGAACUAUAGGUUUAAUAAUGUAUAGUCUGUUUAAAUGAAUGAAGAAUAAGUUGUAUACAAAUUUUGCAUUUUAUGUACUAUUUCAUUGAUAGAAUUAGUUUACAAGUGUACAUAUAUACCAUGUUUUCUUGAGAGCCA